AUGCUCGCUAACAACCUCUUGAGCGUCGUCGCUGCCAUGCUCGGCAUGGUUCGUGGAGCCCCGACCAGCAGCGCCGCCACUACUCUUGCUGUCACUGAUGGCAUGGUCCCCGUCAACACCACCAUGCCCGAUGGCACCGUCAAGGUCGUCUGGCUUCACAAGGCCUUCCAGCCCGUCGCCGGUCCCGCCCAGGCUUCCCAUCUCGAGGGUCGCAUGAAGUGGAACCCCAAUGGCAACCCCAAUCAGUGCGGCGAAAGCACCUUUACCGACAUGACCACUCUUGGAUCCCCCGACCAGGGCGAUUGCCAGGUCAUCAUCAACCAGAUGGUUUCUGGACCCGGCUACUGGCAGCUUCUCCAGGGCGGCGACCUCCACGCCAACGGAGAUUGGUGCCGCGUCGCCUACCACGGCAGCUGCGUCUUUGGCGUCAAGACUACCGUCAUCUUUGGCUUGUUCAUCGGCUCCAACGACAUCAGCGACGUCGUGAUCGAGGCCAUGAAGCUGCGCAAGGGCGAUCCCCGCGUCCAGUUCGAGGGCAGCAUGCCUUGCAACAGUCCCAACGGUCAGGGCGGCGAUGAUCCCAAGCAGCCUCACACUACCACCAAGUGGGCACUCUUCAAGCCUCUGGCCGGUGUUGCCCCUGCCCAGUUGGGCAAUGGAACCUUGUGA